UCGUCGUGAUCGUAAUGAGUUUCCACCGAGCAACUUCCUGAUUGCAGAAUAAUAUGUUCCGCCCGAGUGAGUGGGUGGCUUUUCACGUCAACAUGGUUUCGUCGGUGGACGCAACACAAUUAUGUACCUUUUCAAGUGGCAUUUACUGGGCUAAUGAGGAAACAAUCGAGGGCCGUUUUGCGUCGGGCAGCGCCGGGUACCGUCAGCGAUAACAUGAUUGAACGGUAAAACAACGCACCGGUGGGCGUUGUUUUUGAUCACGUGAUUCAAUAAUGGAGAAGUAACCUAAUUUGGUCGCAGCGUCGCCUAAUUUUCCAAUUUUAUUCUCCGUUCCGUUUCAGAUUGUGGUGUUCGUCCCGUUCUCGGCAGCAGCCCAAAAUCGUCUAGCGAGCCAUGAAGCAAAACAGGUGACAGAGACGGCGUGCGUCAUUCGCAUCGGAAUCAAUGGCUGCAAUCGCCAUUGAAGCCUCCAAUAUUCGUACUACGACGACGACGGCGACGGGGAAAUUCAACAAAACUGAUCAUAGCCUGCUCCGGUUGUAGCUGCAGCUGCAAAUACCACACAGGCCCUCGUGGAAAGCCGUGCCUGCGCGUCCCGUCACCAUGGACGUUGACAGCUAUGACAGCGGGGACUACAAUGGCACUGAUUACGUCAAUCGAACAACACCCAUCUAUUCGAUUAAUCCGGAUUUUAUGACACAGUGGAAGCUGAAGAGAAAACAGGAAAAGUUCUGCAAGCAACUCUACAAAAGAUUAAAUCUACUAAAUUUUCCAGAAUGCCAAAACUUGCUCGGCAUUCCUUCGUACCACCGUUUAUACGAGAAAGCUUCAAGUGCGAGCAGCAGCAGCAGCAUCGGCAUCGGCAGCGGCACCGGAGGUGGCACGGACUUUGAUAAUCUGCACGAGUACAGCAACUGGUUUACGAGCAACAACUUUAGCUUUCUGGAGUGGAGCAACGGCAGCAGCGGGGGUUCCGCCAAUGACACGACAAUCGAUGGGAACGGCUUCGUCAUCAAUGGGUCACUGCUGGGCGUCGGCGGACCUGGGCUGGACGGUGGGGAUGGCCUCGGACCGGUGCUGCCCCCGUUCGAACUAUGGCAAACGGUCCUGAUAGCGAUAUGUUUGGCGAUUUGCAUAAUACUCACCAUAGGUGGCAACAUUCUGGUCCUGCUGGCGUUCAUCGUCGACCGGAGCAUUCGACAGCCGAGCAACUACUUCAUUGCAUCGCUAGCGGCAACCGAUAUGCUAAUAGGGACCGUCUCCAUGCCAUUUUACACGGUGUACGUUCUCAUGGGCUACUGGGAUUUGGGCCCGCUGCUGUGCGACUUGUGGCUGUCGGUGGACUACACCGUCUGUUUGGUAUCGCAGUACACCGUUCUGCUGAUAACGAUCGAUCGGUUCUGCUCGGUGAAGAUAGCCGCCAAGUAUCGGAGCUGGCGAACGAAGAAUAAGGUCAUCUGGAUGGUAACCAUCACGUGGAUCAUUCCGGCUCUGCUGUUUUUCAUCUCGAUUUUCGGCUGGGAGCACUUUGUGGGCUACCGGGAUCUGGCUCCCGGUGAGUGCACGGUGCAGUUUCUAAAGGAUCCUGUCUUCAACACGGCUUUGAUUAUUGGCUACUACUGGACCACACUGGUAGUGCUUUUUGUUCUAUACGGUGGGAUCUACAAAACUGCGUACGAUAUGCAGAAAAAGAGUGAGGCCAAGCAACGCAAGAUGCAAUCGAUGGUGGCAUUGGGUAAUGCGAUGACUGGGAUGGCCGGACGAGCGGCGGGUAUAGGAUUAUCUAAAACACAGAGCACGUUGCUUAGUCAGGAUAAACCACUGCCACUGCAAGCUACCCCCGCGUCAAAUAUGAUGCUUUCCCCGACCCUUGCGUUGACCGCUAGUCAAUCGCAAAAAGAAGAAUUGGAAUCGAGUAGAAAAAGUUCAGUACCGAAGUCGAAGAAUGAGAUGGUUGUCGAUCAGAAGAUGGGUAGAGACGAAAAAGAAGGAGACAAGAGCGAACGAUCCAGUAGCCCGGCGUUUGAUUCGGAUGAUGAAAGUUCAGCAAAUACCAAGCAGCUACAAGAGGAGGCACGGGUGGCCAAGAAGAGAACUUCAUUGGCUGGACUGCUCGUGGGCGCUUCUGCGACUGUUUUAUCGAAUCGAUACAACAAUGGGGCAGUGAAAACAACGACAACUCCUACAACUGAGCCAGCGAAAACGAAAAGAUCUCCGAGCAACCCUGUAAAAAACGAAGGACUGCCAAAAAUAUCCGAGGCGAGCAUUAUGGACUCUGAGCAUGCCGACGGAAAACCUCAGGUGUCUCCACUGAAGCCGACUCCGGUGCAGUCGCCCAUUUCUCCUGUGGAUAUUGAACCACUGGUGGUGGCCAAAUCCGAGCGUGCGCCGGAGAUUUCGCACACAAUCCUAACGCCACCAUAUGGUUUUCAAGGCAGCCGACGAGCUUCCGAAAGUCCACCGUCCAAAUCAGACAGGCCUCAUAGUAUAAUAAGUCAAGGAGAUUCGACCGUUACGUAUGACGCGAUGGUCGGUAUGGAUGGUGCCGAUCUCCGUUUCAUGGACGAAAGCUCAGUGGUGGUCUCCUCACCGCAGUACGAGAGUCCUCCGUCGGCGUUCGUUGCCGUGCCACCUCGUUCUCCAGCACAUUCUCCUGCACAGAGCAUAGCGAACCCUUCGCUUCUCCAAAAGGCUCUCAUUCGAGCAACAGCGCAGUCUCAGCAGCCACCACCAACUGUGCUACUGCGAACCAUUGACGUAGGUCCCCUCUCACCAACGGGUCCACAGAACUCGUUACAACCCAUCAACAAGUUUAGUACAACAGUCACAGUAGCCUCUCAAAAUCCGGCCAAGCCGGUCACCGUGUUGAACAGCUCCUUCGCAAACCAUUCAAAUGUGGAUCAGGCCUUACCGCAGCACUCGCAAGUCGACAGCCCAAGCCUUAAUUCGAGAAUGCAAUCAAACAAUCCUACUUCGGUUUCAAGCACAACUUCGGACUCGAAGCCUUCGCCUGCCCCACCGGUGGAGCCCUCUGCUACAGCCCCCUCGACAACGACAAGUACGGCGGCUCCAGCGUUAGUCACUUCAGCACCACAAACGAACGCACUACCCAGCACCACGACCGUGCAAACGCAAGUUUCUUCCUCCACCACCAACAACACCCCCAGCGGAGCCACAAUCACCAUCAACCCCUGCCUGGAACGGCAGACGUCCAGCAAGCGGGACUUCAUCCGUUCGAUCGGCAAAAGACUGAAAGGCAACAAAAAAGCCGACUCGCUCGGAGUCGGCCGGCAAAAGUCCAAAUCCGAAAACCGUGCCCGCAAGGCGUUCCGAACGAUUUCCUUCAUCCUGGGCGCCUUCGUGGCCUGCUGGACGCCGUACCACAUCCUGGCGCUGGUGGUCGGGUUCUGUCGGAACCCGCCCUGCAUCAACGAGCACCUGUUCAUGUUCUCGUACUUCCUGUGCUACGCCAACAGUCCGAUGAACCCGUUCUGCUACGCCCUCGCCAACCAGCAGUUCAAGAAGACCUUCAUGCGGAUUCUGCGUGGGGAUCUGCAUAUGACUUAA